GCUUCCCAAGCUGCCUUUUAAAUCCCCCAAAACCCACCUCGCCUCCCUCGUCCUGAUCUGGUCAUCUCGCACCACCGGCUCCACAGUUGGCGCACCUGAAACUACGUAGCCAACCAUGGCGAAACCAUUACCGAUGCCAAUACGCCUGGUAGCAGCCGUGCUCCUGGGUACGGCGGCGAUCGCAAACGCACACGAACACCAUAUGGAUAAGAUACCGGAAGGAGAGUCCGUAUCCGCAGACCCAAUAGAUUCGAUAUUAUGGAUACACAUCUUGGUACAAACAAUAGGGUGGGGGAUUCUAUUCCCUACAGGAAUGGUACUAGGCAUUAUACGGUCCAAGUGGCACGUCCCAGUACAGACAGCAGGAUGCGUACUCGCUAUCAUCGGCUAUUUCCUCGGACAUAAACACAAAGGCCGCCAGUUCACCGUGAACGCCCACGCUCAGUUCGUGCCUACAAUCAUGCUCAUAUUGAUUGCCCAAGUGGCAAUGGGAGUCUACCUCAAGCUUCAUCUUGAAAAGGGAAUCCAUGGCAAGAUACGGAAGAUCGUGGUCAAAGCGCAUGGCGUAGUUGGCAAGAUGAUGCCUAUAGUCAUUUGGGUCCAGUUCCUCUUUGGAGGUAUCACAGCAAUGGGUUUUUGCCGUGGCGAACAUGUCGGACAGUGUGCGGCCCACUUCAUCAUGGGAAGCGCUUUUGUCGCCUACGGAAUCCUUCUCACUAUCAUCCUGCUGGUUGGACAACUUUGGCUGCGCAAAACCGGGAGAAGCCAAGAAUUUUUUGACUCUCUCGUAAUAGCUGCAUGGGGUUGCGUCAACACCUUUACCGAACAUCGUUGGGGGACUGCGUGGGUCAAGAAUGAUCUACAACAUACUGCUAUGGGUAUUAUAUGGUGGUGUGCAGGCUUAGUGGGAAUCUGGCUGAGUCGUACAAGGGAUGGGAGACCCAAGCGCAACCUCAUUCCUGGGAUUGUUAUCCUGCUCACAGGGUGGGGCAUGUCUGCUCACCCGCAAACGCUUCCUCUAUCCAGCAUGGUCCACGAAGUUUUUGGAUACACUCUUAUGGCCGCCGGUGUGACCAGGAUCGUUGAGAUUUCGUUCGUGCUCAGAGAUCGCAGUUCUGUGAAUGCAGAUGGAGCCGACCCGAACAGCUUCCAGUACCUAACUCCGUUUUUGCUUUACGCUUCUGGGUUUCUGUUCAUGGGCGCGACCGAAGAGCAAAUGCAGGUACUAUCGGAUGCACAUGUGACACACGUUUCCUACGUUUUGAUCCUCUUCAGCAUCGCCUUCCUCCUCUUCCUAUUUACCAAUAUGCUUAUUCACCUUUACGCCGUCUCGACCUGGUCCUCGAACUCAAAGUCCGAUGACGAGAAUCCACAUGUGAACGGUAUGGCAAACGGUCAUGCGCGAGCUGAUCGCAGAGUGCGCGACGCCGAGGAGUUCGAGCUAGAAGGACUCAUCUCUGACGACGAGGAUGCUCGGCCGUUGGUUGAUAAAGAGGAACGGCAAGCACCGGCCUCUCGUUCAUGAUUACUCUUCACUUUUCUUUCGCCUUAUUAUUCACUUCUUCUAAACUUUGCAUCAUCGUAUGUUGUAAGAUUAGCCAACUGCGGUUGCUUUGUCUGCCUACUUAUUUCUACUGUUGUUUGUUUUUGACGGCCUUUUUUCUUCGUUUUUGCCACGUUUCGUUUUCUUUCUUUCUUUCUGGGUCUUUGCAUUGAUAAGUGGUUGGGGUAUGAGACAAGGAAUAUUACGUAUUUUCAAUGAUAUGAAUU